AUGACGCUCAAAGAAGAAUUCCAAACGCGAAACUUCAGCAUCUACGGACAAUGGCUUGGAAUUAUUUCCAUGAUCAUUUGUCUGGCUGUCGGAAUCGCCAACAUUUUCUCGUUCCAUGUUGUCCGAAUCAUCUUUUGCGCUUUUGCCAUCGCAUCGUCGUUCGUCAUCUUGUUUAUUGAGGUCCCUCUUCUCCUCCGAAUCUGCCCGACUUCUUCCAAGUUCGACGAACUCAUUCGCAAGGUUUCGACCAACUAUAUGCGCGCAGGCGCCUACGGUGUCAUGUCUGCUCUGCAGUUCAUCAGCAUUGUCAGCGGCUCCAGCAGUUUGAUUGCCGCCGCUGUCUUCCUGCUUCUAACAGCCCUUUGCUACCUCCUCGCUGGUGUCAAGGGACAGGCCUUUGUUGGCAGCAAGACCCUCGGUGGUCAAGGUGUUGCGCAGAUGAUCGUGUAG